UGAUUGUUGGACUGCUGUGACUACACAAGGUUAUAUGAGUGUGACUGCACAUUUCUUUGAUUCAAAGUGGAAGUUGCAUAACAAGUUACUUUCAUUUUGUGAACUAGAUACACCACAUUCAGGGCUUGAAUUAUCUUCUAAACUUCUUGGUGUGCUUAAAGAUUGGGGGAUAGAAUCUAAAAUCUUUUCACUCACAUUGGAUAAUGCAAGUUCUUGUGAUAGUAUGGUGAGAAUUUUAAGAGAUAGAUUGAAUUUGCAAGAUGCCUUAUUAUGUCGAGGUGAGUUCUUUCAUGUGAGGUGUAGUGCUCAUAUUUUGAACUUAAUUGUUCAAGAAGGUUUAAAGGCUGUGGAUGAUGCUUUGAAAAGAAUUAGAAAUAGUGUGAAAUAUGUGAAGGCAUCCGAUGGGAGGUUGAGGGAUUUUCAAAAAUGUGUAGAAGAGGUGCACUUAAGUAAUGUUGGUGGGAGUUUCUUAAGGUUGGAUGUGUGCACUAGAUGGAAUUCGACAUAUAUGAUGCUUGAAAGUGCUAUCAAAUAUCGUAAGGCAUUUACUACUUUGAGUUAUAAUGAUCCCAACUACAAGUUUUGCCCGAGUGAUGAAGAGUGGGAAAGAGCAGAAAGGAUUUGUAAAUUAUUAGCCCCAUUUUACACUAUCACUAACUUGAUAUCUGGAUCAUCUUAUCCCACCUCUAAUUUGUAUUUCAAGGAAAUUACAACAAUUGAGAUGAAGUUGAAUGAUUUUCUAAGUUCUAAUGAUGAGGUGAUCAAGGAUAUGGCGAGAAAGAUGAAGGUUAAGUUUGAUAAGUAUUGGGAGUCAUACUCCACUACUCUUGCACUUGGAUGUGUUCUUGAUCCAAAAAGGAAGUUGGCAUUCUUGCUCUAUGUGUACAAAAAGCUUUACCCCAAUGACUAUGAAGCAAAGUUAAAAAUUGUGAAGGACGCAUUGUAUAAACUUUUUGCUGAGUAUGAACGAGUUGGAGCUUUAAAUUCACGUAUGACUCCAAUCACAAGUUCAUCAUCUAUAAAUGUAGCUCCUGAUAUGGAUGAGUAUGAUAAAGAAUUUCUACAACAAUCAGCUUGCACCGAUGAAUCUGAGCUUGAUUUGUAUUUGGAAGAUAAGACUACUUUAGAUGUCAUUGAUUAUUGGAAAUUGAGUGCUAAACGAUUUCCCCGGCUUGCAAUGAUGGCUUCUGAUAUCUUAAGUAUUCCAAUCACAACUGUGGCUUCAGAAUCAACAUUUAGCAUUGGUGGUCGCAUCUUGCACAAGUAUAGGAAUUGUUUGCUUCCCGAAAAUGUACAAGCACUCAUUUGCACUCGAAAUUGGUUGCAUGGUUUUGAAGUUGCUGCUGGACCUGGUGAUGAUUCUGAUGAGCAGGAUUCUGAAGAAAGUCGAUUGUCCAAGGAAGAUUCAAACAUUGUCGAUGUUGAAUCAUUGGAAUCUUGAUUCUUAAGUCUAUUUUGUAUUCUACUUUUAUUUUGUUUGGAUUUGUUGGUGACCUCUUAUCA